AUGGCGUCUUUCCUACAGUCUCGUCCGGUCUUGUCGGCUGUUCGCAAGCAGUCGACAGCUGUGCCUCUCUAUCUACAAAACUCUUCACAGUCCAUGCUUUUGCGUUCGGGGACAUGUAGCUCUUUCUCUUCUCUAUCUUCCUCCUCGAGCUUGGUCAACUCCCAAACCCCUCGUCGAAGCCUCCCUUCUGCCAUCCCCACACAACAAUCCCGAACCUUCCUGGUACAAUUCAGACGUCAAUCCCAGUCCCUGAAAGAAAACUCCCCUUCGAAAUCUCCGCCGGCCGAUUUGCAGCUCACCAACCUCCCCUACUUCAUCCGUCGCACACCCUCCAACCAACUUCCCGUUUACCUGAUCACCAAGGCCGGCGGUACCAAGCAACAGACGAAGCUCCAGAAAACCGAAGGCGAUCUGGACGCGUUGCGGAGUGACCUGGCACAGUUUUUGGGACUCGAGUCUGGCGAUCCUAAUGCUCCCCAGAGCCCCGAUGUUACCAUCAACCGUCUGACUGGGCACAUUCUGGUCAAGGGUUGGCGGAAACCUGAAAUCCAGCAGUUCCUGUUGCAGCGCAACUUCUAA